UAGUACCUGUGCAAGUACCUUCAGUGGAUCCAGACACAUGAUGAGGGCUGUGUUAGUAAUUGCAAUGUGCCUGAUGGCCACGGCUCUGGCCACCACUCUUCAAACUACUGAUAAAAGGGGCAUUAUCAUCAACCUGAAUAAUGGAGAGCUGUGUGCCAUCAGUGCGCAGUGUAAGAGCUCCUGUUGCCAUCGGAAAUCUGCUACUAGCUUGGCUCGCUGUGCCCCACAAUCUGCAGAGAGUGAAAUAUGUUCUAAAAAGAGCUUGUAUGCUACAUAUUACCAUUGCACUUGUGAGGCUGGACUUAAAUGUGAAGGUGAUUGGUCCAUUGGAGGAUCCAUUGUCAACAGCAACUUUGGAACGUGUGUAGACCCUCAUCGGGCUAAAACUAUCAACAACUAAUGAUCGAUACACAACACAAAACAACCUUUAACCCUGAAUAUUGCAGCCAGGCAUUAAAUUAAAUAUACAAGAAAAUAUUUACAUGCAAAUAUAUUAGAAAUUAUGGAUUACUUUAAGGCCAAGUCAAAAUGAUCAGUGACACACCAUCACACUUGACAUAUUGAAAAGCGAUACCUUUGUUUUUGGUUACAUAAAAAAAAAAAAUAAAUUGCCAAUCAUGGAAAACAGAUUCAAAAGCAUUAUGUAUAAUACCCCACUGUAUCUAAAAUAGAAAGGUCAAGGGAAACACUGUCACUCUCCAAGUAAAAGGGUGAUUUUUGCUCAUGAAUGCAUAACACCAAUUCAUCAUGGCAUUCUGCUAUUGAAUUACAAUCAAUAAAAAUAUGUUACAGAAAUCACAA